AUGUUCCGUCUUGCUGUUCCUCGUUUAGUUCAACUGGCAAGACCCGCCGUUACGGUUUUUCCUCGUUUGACUCCCCUUUGUCGUGAUUUCUCGAAUCGACGUAGAGCAGGCUCUGUGCGCCCUUCAAACAAACCGAAGUCUCAACUCAAGGACGUAGUGAGAGAACCCCAGAAAGAAACGAAAAAGCCCGAUAAACAAACGGUAGCCGAGUUGCUCAAGGAAAUCGAUCUUUCUUCCGAUAUUGUUUCUGAAGAAGAGACAAAGAAGCUGAAGGAGCUCGAUCACAUCUUGUCGGAGAGUCCUGAACUGAAAAACAUGUCCAUGGACGAGAUUAUCGGAAUGUUGAAUAUUUCUGAAGAUGACAAGAAGUCGCUCACAGAGCAAGUGAAUCAAAUCAUUAGCAACGAGAAAAUGCCCAUGAGUGACGAGGAAAUCCAUAAAGAGUUCCCUGGGAUCGAAAAGGAGUCUGUGGAGGUAAUCAAAGCGUUGGAUGAGGAAAUAUCAAAGAACCCGGACUUCCGUCGUGAUUUCUUUGCCUGGACGCAGCAAGUGCAGCAAUCAUUGGGUCCCAAUAUGGAGAAGUUGAAAACGCUGGGCGAGGACGAAUUGGCGCGUAUUGCGACACCUCCAGAUGAUUUGCGUGUUGUGCUCGAUCGCAUUAUGCCGAAUGUGGAGGGAAUCGAAUCGGCGAUGCGGAUGGAUGCAAAGGAUAUUUGGAAGGAUGAGGAGACGGGUGAAGAUGUGGAAGUUGAGGAGAUUAAGAUCAAAUUGAGUGUUUGUUGA